UGCUGCUGACAUUUUAUUCCGUCUAUGGUGCGCGGUGCGGUGCGGUGUGGUGUAGUGUGUGAUGUUGAAAAUUUUAUCGAAUUUUUUAUAAGUCAUAAAACUACUUUCAGUGAAUGAUUCUUUUUAGGUGGUAGCUGCUUAUUUGUUACCAGUCGUUGUAAUAAUUAAAUACAUGUCGCUAGAGUGUCAGUUACAUCGUAAAUUAAUGGCAGUUACAAGUAACUAAUAAUCACAAAUUGUGACAAUGUCUUACAAUUCCACGCUUGAUAGCUUCUGUGGAUCUGAAUUUUGGAAUAGCAAUCUCACAUGGUAUACCGACAGCCCAGAGCUAACGCCAUGCUUCCAAAAAACAGUGCUGGUAUGGACGCCGUGUUUGUACUUAUGGGUCGCGGCGUUCCUUGACACCUACUACAUACUGAACAGUAAAGAAAGAAAUAUACCAUGGAAUAUACUGAACAUCAGCAAACUUUUCAUAACUUGCCUUCUGAUAGUGUUAAAAUUUGUGGAUCUGGGCGUAACAGUGCACACCUCAUCCCAAGAGGACAUGGCAGUAUUUAGUGCAGAUUAUUAUAGUCCCAUUAUUAAAAUUUUAACAUUUGGUUUAUCAGCUACAUUAUUGUACUACAAUCGAAAGUAUGGUAUGCGAGCAUCAGGAGUGCUGUUCUUCUUCUGGCUACUUCUGAUUUUGGCUGGACUGCCUCAGCUGCAGUCUCAGAUCAAAGCACACGCCAAUAUCCCCGAUGAUGAAAAUGUUAAAUAUAACUUUGUCAGUUACAUGGUCUACUUUCCUCUGAUAGUUAUUAUGUUUAUAUUGAAUUGUUUCGCCGAUUUACCUCCGAAAGAUUCACCGUACAAAUAUGAAAAGAAUCAAUGUCCGGAGAACGCUUCAGGAUUCCCUAGUCGUCUAACAUUCAGUUGGUUCGACCCUCUCGCCUUAACUGGGUUCCGUAGAAGCUUGACAGAGGAAGAUUUGUGGGCUCUCAACCCUCAGGACUCUUCUACUGAGGUGGUUCCGAAGUUCGACAAAUUCUGGGAGAAGUCUUUGAGGAAACGAGAAAUUUCAAACGCAACAAAGGCAUCGUAUCGUAAGACAUCAGCUAGCGUCAACUUUAAGCCUGAGAGUGAGAAGAAGCCGGCUUCCAUAUUGCCAGCGCUAUGCCUUGCCUUCGGAGGCCAGUUCUUGUUCGGAGCCAUGCUGAAACUGUUCAACGACGUCCUCAUGUUUAUAUCGCCACAAUUGCUCAAACUUCUUAUAGGAUUCGUGCAAGGUAAAGAGCCGAUAUGGAAAGGUUACGUUUACGCGGUAGCGCUUCUUGCCUGUGCCACGGUGCAGACCAUGCUCCUGGCACACUACUUCACGAGAAUGUACCUCGUGGGCAUGCGGAUAAGGACUGCCCUGACCAGCGCCAUCUACAGGAAAUCACUCCGUAUGUCCAACGCAGCAAGGAAAGAGUCGACGGUCGGAGAGAUUGUUAACCUCAUGUCGGUUGACGCUCAAAGAUUCGUUGAACUGACUGCAUAUUUGAACAUGAUAUGGUCUGCGCCGUUGCAAAUCGCUCUUGCCCUUUACUUCUUGUGGGGAAUCCUAGGACCCUCAGUACUCGCGGGUUUGGCGGUGAUGAUUAUACUGAUACCAGUCAAUGGCCUCAUCGCCAACAGAGUCAAGACACUUCAAAUAAGGCUCAUGAAAUACAAAGAUGAAAGAGUCAAACUUAUGAACGAAGUACUUAAUGGAAUUAAGGUCCUUAAAAUGUAUGCUUGGGAACCGAGUUUCGAAGAUCAAAUACUUAAAAUAAGAAACAAAGAGAUGAAUGUAUUGAAACAGACCGCUUAUCUUAACUCUGCUACCUCAUUUAUAUGGUCUUGCGCACCUUUCCUGGUGACCUUCCUAACCUUCUUCACAUUUCUGAUAACUGAUCCCGAGAACAAUGUCCUGACAGCUGAAAAUAUAUUCGUGUCGAUGUCUCUGUUUUACACAAUGCACUUGCCCCUAGGUUUACUACCACUCAUCGUGGUAUCAGCGAUCGAGACAUCCGUCGGUAUUAAGAGAUUGAACAAAUUCAUGAACUGCGACGAACUAGACAUUACAUCCGUGGAACACGAUCCUAAAGACCCGAACCCUAUAUCUAUUGAGAAUGGUCACUUCACGUGGGGAGACCAGGAUUCGGAGCCGUCCCUCAAGAACAUCAACCUGCACGUGCCACGAGGCUCAAUGGUCGCCAUCGUGGGCGCUGUCGGCUCUGGAAAGAGUUCUCUGCUCUCUGCAUUGUUGGGUGAAAUGAACAAGAUUUCUGGACGAGUUAACACGACCGGUAGCAUAGCGUACGUGCCGCAACAAGCGUGGAUCCAAAAUGCAACCCUUCAGGACAACAUACUGUUCGGCAAACCCCUCGACAAACAAAAGUACAACAAUGUCAUCGACAUGUGUGCUCUCAAACCUGACUUCGAAGUCCUGCCUGGUGGCGACCAAACUGAAAUCGGAGAGAAAGGUAUAAACCUGUCUGGCGGGCAGAAGCAGCGCGUGUCCCUGGCGCGCGCGGUGUACUGCGACGCGGACAACUACUUCCUCGACGACCCGCUCAGCGCCGUCGACUCGCACGUCGGCAAGCACAUCUUCGACAAGGUACUGGGUCCCAAUGGGCUGCUGAAGAACAAGACGCGGGUGUGGGUGACCCACAACGUGUCAUACCUAGCGCAGACGGACCUAGUCGUAGUACUGCGCGACGGAGAGGUCUCUGAGGCCGGCUCCUACCAACAACUGCUCGAGAAGAAGGGCGCCUUCGCCGAGUUCCUGCUCCAUCAUCUUAGCGACGCUGAGAGGACUUCACCGGAAGAAUUAGACGAGAUCAAACAAGACCUAGAGAGUAAGCUUGGAACCGAGUUCCAGAACAAGUUACAGAGAGCUCGUUCUCUCUCCGAGAGUGCAUCUGAAUCCGAACAGGCGGCAGGAGACCGCGCAGGCAGCGUGAAGAGAAAGACUCCAGAAGCGACUCCAAACGAAUUGAAAGAGAAGAAUAAACUUAUUGAGGCUGAGAAAGCGGAAACUGGCAGUGUGAAAUGGGGAGUGUACAAGCAUUACCUGAUGAGUGUCGGAGUGUUGUCGUCCGUGAUCACUGUACUCAUGAAUCUCAUUCUACAAGUAUUCCAAGUUGGAUCCAACUACUGGCUCACUGAAUGGGCCAAUGAUGAUAAAAUGCUGGUGAACGGCACGGUAGACACGAAGCGACGCGACAUGUACCUCGGCGUGUACGGCGGGCUCGGUAUUGGCCAAGUGGUGUCGGUGUCGGUGUCGUCGCUGGCGCUGUACCUGGGCACGCUGGCGGCGGCGCGCGCGCUGCACGCGGCGCUGCUGGCCGGCGUGCUGCGCGCGCCCUCCAUCGGCUUCUUCGACUGCACGCCCGUCGGCCGCGUGCUCAACCGGUUCAGCAAGGACGUCGACGUCCUCGACAACGUGCUGCCCAUGACGCUCAGGGGCUGGACUUCCUGCUUCUUUGCGGUUUUGGGUACGCUGUUCGUGAUUAGUUUCUCGACGCCGAUAUUCAUGGCUGUGAUACUGCCCAUCGGAUUCAUCUACUACGUGAUCCAGAGAUUCUAUGUGGCUACGUCACGACAACUGAAACGACUCGAGUCCGUAUCUCGAUCUCCCAUCUACUCUCACUUCGGUGAGAGCAUCACCGGCGCUAGCACUAUUCGAGCCUACGGCGUCUCCGAGAGGUUUGUUGAAGAGUCGGAGCGCGGUGUAGAUCACAACCAGUCCUGCUACUACCCAAGCUGCAUCGCAAACAGAUGGCUGGCAGUCAGGCUCGAGAUGAUUGGCAAUCUCAUCAUAUUCUUCUCUGCGAUGUUUGCUGUGCUCAACAGAGACACAAUUAGUGCUGGUCUGGUGGGACUUUCUGUUAGCUACGCGUUACAGAUUACACAAACUUUGAAUUGGCUCGUUCGCAUGACAUCAGAAGUUGAAACCAACAUUGUGGCCGUGGAAAGGAUAAAGGAAUACGCCGAAACAGAACAGGAAGCGGCGUGGACGGUGGCGAACGGUCCCCCCGCGGAGUGGCCGGCGACAGGCGCGCUCCAGCUGGAGCGGCUGACGCUGGCGUACCGCGCCGGCGCCGAGCCCGCGCUGCGCGACGUCACGUGCGCCGUGGCGCCGCGCGACAAGCUCGGCAUCGUGGGCCGCACCGGCGCCGGCAAGUCCACGCUCACGCUGGGGCUCUUCCGCAUCGUCGAGGCCGUGGGGGGGCGCAUCCUCAUCGACGGCCUGGACAUCGCCGCCAUGGGGCUGCACCAGCUCCGCUCGCGCAUCACCAUCAUCCCGCAGGACCCCGUGCUCUUCUCCGGCACGCUGCGCAUGAACCUCGACCCCUUCGAGACCUUCUCGGACGAGGACAUCUGGCGCGCGCUGGAGUACGCGCAUCUCAAGCCGUUCGUGCAGGGGCUCCCGGCGGGGCUGCGCCACGAGGUGUCGGAGGGCGGCGAGAACCUGUCGGUGGGCCAGCGCCAGUUGGUCUGCCUGGCGCGCGCCCUGCUGCGCAAGACUCCGCUGCUGGUCCUGGACGAGGCCACGGCCGCCGUGGACCUGGAGACGGACGAGCUCAUCCAGAAGACGAUCCGCUCCGAGUUCGCGUCGUGCACGGUGCUCACCAUCGCGCAUCGCCUCAACACCAUCAUGGACUCCACCAAGGUCAUGGUCCUCGACAAAGGACAACUCGUCGAAUAUGCACCACCUGAACAACUGCUACAAGAUAAGAACUCUAUAUUCUAUAGCAUGGCCAAGGAUGCUGGCCUAGUUAAUUAAUUUAAUGUACUCAAAAUUCACUAAGUUAUGGGUUCCUAAUUGUGAAUUGUGAGUAUUGAGACUCAGCUCCGCGUGAUAGACGAUAUCGACACAGAUUCUAAUUUAAUAUGUUUUAGUUUAAUGAAUAGAAGCAAGUAUUACUUACAACUACCCAUAGUUGUGAGCCGUUACGUUGUUAAUGUAACCAUUGUAGUGUUUGUACAAACAUGCCAACAAACUGUUUAAUGACUCGGUACUGAGUCAGUAUUGUCUAUUACUUGUGUGAAAUCUGUGCUCAACUCGAACUCUUGCUGCCACUAAGUAUAUGGACAAGCGUCGUUAUUAUGGGUAGAAAGUUAAUGCAUUUUAUACCUCUCCAUUAUUAAGACUAAGCAAAUAGUAAAAUAAUAAAAUUAAAGCAUUUACAACUCAUCACAGUAACAAAUAAAUUGAUAAGAGCUAUUAAAAUAUCGAAAUACAUAGUACUUAAGCAUAUGACAGGGUGAGAUUUUUAUGAGUUUCUGCUAUAGUAGGUAGUGGUAUGUAAUUAUUAAGAUAAGCUCAAAUUAUUCCUCAUUUAAUAAAAUAAGGGACUAGGGUGGUUGCGAUUUGAGAAUAUUGUACAUUUUGUUACGCAGACACACAGUAACUGUAGUGAAAAUUGUUGAAAUAACAUCACUAGUGAACAGUAUAACCGGUAAGAUGGCAAAUACCAGACACUAUAAUCUAUUGUUUAUCACAAAUCGUAACUAUCCUAUUCCUCUGAAUGUGUUCAAUCAUAACAGCUGCAUUACUUUACAUUUUAUAUCGCUUUGUUAUCAGAUUCAGUGCAUCAACAUAAUUACAGAGAUUACUAAUUGUGUCCUUUAGAAGGUAACAUACUUAAUAAGAAGUCAGCUUGGCCGCAAAUAUUUAAUUUAAUUGUUUUACAUAAGAAAUGUUAAUUUCUAUCUCAUUUUAAUUUUUUUAGGAAUACUUAAUUAUGGUCUUAAAAUAUCCAAAUUGAUUACUUCAUCAACUUAAUUUUGAUACUUAAUAUUUUUUUAUUAUUAAACAAAUUACUUAACUAGGUAUUUUAUAUAAAAAAUGAAGAUGUUCAGUUAUAAAACUUCACUUAACAAGUUACCGCAACUCAAACAUAUUUGUUUUAAUUACCUUGUUUAGUGUUUUUAUGGAUAAGUUCAAAAUUAUCAUUCAUAUCUGUCGAAACAUAAAGUUAUUGCCUGUGAAAUUAAUGAGGGAAAAUCAUAGCUAUUGUUUCAAAAUAAAGAAUAUGAUCUACUUAGUUCUUACUUAUAUUGUAAAAACUCUAGAACGGAUAAAUAAUGGUACUGUCAUGGUACCUUAUUUAUUGAAUUUGCCUCUGGCCCAAAAAAAUAUUAAAACUACGCAAACAAAAAAAAACAUAAUUACGUUAUAACUCGUUAAUUUUAUAAUGGAAAUUAGGGCUUUGGUAAUCCAUGAUUUCGGUUUACCAAAUUAAUUACAAACAUGUUGGCGUUCUAUUAAACCUCGGAUCGAAAUAGGAUAUUUAUGCAGGUGGUCGAGAUUCACCAGUCACAUCGCGCGCGCACCAGGAAUCAAAUCGUAAUGUUGGUAUAAUGAUAUCGACACGACUGUGUGAUCAUACAUAGUGCAUACUGUCCAUUGUUUAAGAUACCAUGUUUAUUCACUUAUUACUUAACUGCGUUGAUGUGCUUAAUUAAAAUAAUAUAUGUACCUACUUAUUAUUAAAAGUUUUUAAUAUUUUACUGUGAUUGUGACAAAUCAUUUAAUAAUAUUGUAAUUUUGCCUUUCAAAAUUCGGAUACAUCACUUAAUUAUUGAUAAUGUUUUAUUUUUUAUUAUUCAAAUAAACAAUUACAAUUUUAUUUCUAUUGACAUACAAUAUGCAUGUUUUAAUUUUAUGAUUAUAAAUAAUUACUUAUUGUACAUCUGUGAAUAUACCGUGUACAUAAUUUACCAUGUACAAUCAUGUACAAUUUGUAAAAAGUUGCCCAGUUUCAAGAAGGCAGAUUCUAGCAUAAUUAGGUUAGUCUUCACUUUUGUGCCUAUUGAGUAAUUUAAGAGAAAUUUUGUUUCAAUGUGUAUUAAAUAAAAAUGUUUUACCAUAAUAGACUAUA